GUUUUGUUUUGUCUUCUCUUCUCCCCAAUGCCUCGUCCCUGGCCUCGAGCCGCGUGUUGGCUGUCAUCCGCCUCCUCCUCGUCACUUCUAAUCCCCUGCUAUGGCCACAGAUUCAAUCCGAGUCGUAGGAGGUGGAAUUCUUCCUUCUCCGCCGACUGCUUCGCCCAGCUCGCCAGUCGCCCGUCCUCUAAGCACCAGAUCUACCAGUCCCUCUCCACCGACCCCUACGUGAACCUCUCCAUCGAGCACUUCCUCCUCGAGCACGCCCCCAUCGACUCCAACAUCCUCUUCCUCUACAUCAACCAGCCCUGCGUGGUCAUCGGCCGGAACCAGAACCCAUGGCUCGAGACCAAUCUCCGAGUCCUCCAUAAUGACCGCGGCUCCGCGGACAAUGCGACCACCUCCGAUCACGACCCCCAAGAUGCCCACGCACUCUAUGUCCGACGCCGCUCCGGCGGUGGUGCUGUGUUCCACGACGAGGGAAACCUCAAUUACAGCGUGAUCUCCCCGCGAACGACCUUCACGCGGAAUAAGCAUGCCGAGAUGGUCGUGCGCGCACUGCACCACCUCGGAGCCACCAACACCAGGGUCAACGACCGCCACGAUAUUGUCAUGUCUCUCGACAGCGCAACUACCGGAGAACAGGCGACCCCUCAGCCGCGGAAGAUCUCUGGCUCGGCGUUCAAAUUGACCAGGCAUCGCGCCCUACACCACGGCACCUGUCUGCUUGACUCCCCCAACAUCAACAUCCUGGGCUCGUUCCUACGGUCGCCUGCGCGCGACUACAUCAAAGCCAAGGGCGUGGAGAGCGUGCGAUCUCCCGUCGCGAACGUGUCGUCCGUCUUCGCCGAUGCCUCCAUCCCCUUCUCGAUCCAGGAUGUCAUCGCUAGUAUAAUGCAGGAAUUCGCAGGGCUGUACCAGGCCGGUCCCGAUGCGGUCCGCCGUGCGCAGCGUGCUUACGUCCACGAACCCGAGCUGUAUUCGGGGGAUGACUGGGUGGUGGGGGCCGUGGGAGAAGCGCAAGGCUAUGAAGAGCCCGAGAUCAUGAAGGGCAUCGAUGAAUUACGGUCAUUGGAGUGGAAAUACACCCAAACACCGCAGUUCAUAUUCUCCACCCAUCCGGUCGACGAGGAGGAUCCUCGCGAACGACCAGCCCUCCCGGCUUCCCUCCCCCCCUCGACCCGUGUCUUCCUCCGUCUCAAACACGGUGCCAUCAUCGAAAGUCACAUCUCAACCUCGUCUGACUCCGAGGUAGCCUCGGAGCAGGCCGUCCGGCUACACGAGACGCUAAAGGAACGUAAGCUCCACGAGCUUACACCACCCCAAUGGAAGGAAGUCUUACAUGCCCAGCUGGGCGCGGAGGAGGAUUCGCACGCCAUCGAAGAACUCGCCCGGUUCAUCACGACUAAACUUGGCUGGGUAUAGUAUAGUGUAGUAUACGAGGAUCGUAAGACUCGACUUCGGCAUGGUGCGCGGUACGUGAUUGGGUUGGAUUAUAGUGGGCUGUAUAUUAGACACACUUACUACCCCGGUAGACCAUUGCUGUAUAUAUAUGUAAGACUGGUCCGGUCUGACUACACGCCAAGACACCUGCCUGAUGUUGAAGGGAGGCGAAGAACCGAACUUCAUUUCGGGGAUGCUUGCUUGCAUCACACUGGCACCGAAUCAAAUUACUAACACCCAC